AUGGCUUUCUCCAGCAGUGCUCUGUGUGAAGAUCAGAUCCAGUGUCUGGAUGUGUUCACUGAUCCAGUCUCUACUCCAUGUGGACACAACUUCUGUAUGAUCUGUCUAAAAGAGUAUUGGGACAGCAGUUCACACAGCCAGUGUCCAGUGUGUAAGGAGAAAUUCUCCAAUCGUCCUAAACUAUGUGUGAAUACGUUCAUCUCUGUACUUGCUGCUACAUUUAAGAAGUCAGUUCAGGCAAAAUCCAGCAGAGCUGCAGAAAAACACACCCGAUCUCAGGUGCUCUGUGAGGUCUGCUGUGAAAAGAAGUGUGUAGCUGUGAAGUCCUGCCUGAUCUGUAUGGCUUCUUACUGCAAGACUCAUCUGGAACCUCAUAAUAAAGUUUCUUCAUUAAAGAAACAUAAACUGAUGGAGCCUGUGGAGAACCUGGAGGACUACAUCUGCCAGAAACAUGAGAGACCCCUGGAGCUGUUCUGUAGAGACGACAAGACAUGUGUGUGUCAGUUCUGUACUGAAGGAGACCACAAAUCCCACAACACUGUUCCUAUAGAGGAGGAGAGUGUUGAGAAGGAUAAUGAACUGGAGAAGACUCAAGCAGAAGUUCAGCAGAAGAUCCAGAAUCGACUAAAGAAGAUUGAGGAGAUCAAACGCUCUGAAGAAGUCAAUAAAGUGAAGAUUAACCUGCAAAAACUGUAGAUUAACCUGUCACUGUGCAGCUCUCCACACACCCAGGACUGGACUUCCAUCACAAUUAACUCUCAUCUGAGUGUGAAGACUCUGAGGAGAGCUCUGGCUCAGCUUCAGGAGACUCUCAGUCAGGAAAUGAAGAAGAUUGAUGAAACUGAACUGAAGAGAAUUCAACAACAUGCAGUGGACGUGACUCUGGAUCCUGAUACAGCAAAUCCUGAUCUCAUCCUGUCUGAUGAUGGAAAACAUGUAUAUGAUGGAGAUACAAGUCAGAAUCUCCCUGAUAAUCCAGAGAGGUUUUAUUCUUAUAGCUGUGUGUUGGGAAAGAAGGGAUUCACCUCAGGGAGAUUUUACUAUGAGGUGCAGGUCAAAGGGAAGACUGAGUGGGAUUUAGGGGUCACCAGAGAAUCUAUUAACCGGAAAGGGCAGAUUACAUACAGUCCCAAAGAUGGAUUCUAUUGUGUGGUUCUGAGGAAUAAUACUGAAUAUGAGGUUUGUGAUUCUCCCUCUGUCUCCCUCUCCUUAAAACAGGCUCCUCAGAAGGUUGGAGUGUUUGUGGAUUAUGAGGAGGGUCUGGUCUCCUUCUAUGAUGUUGAUGCAAAAUCUCAUAUCUACUCUUUCACUGCUCAGACUUUCACUGAGAAACUUUAUCCAUACUUCUGCCCCUGUUUUAAUGAUGGAGGUAAAAAUUCAGCUCCACUGAUCAUCUGCCCUGUUCAUCUCAUUGUAUGCUAA